GGCUCCCGUCUGCGAAGCUUUCCAUCUUCACAGGCGGCCUAUGAUUCAGUACCAGGGCACUUGACAGUUCCAGCAAGCACAUUCUCCAUCUCACAAUCAUGUCUGCUACCAAUUACGUGUCUCCCACGUCUUCAACAUCAACGCCAACAUGGCACCACUUCGAGCGCAAAGUCGACGAAGUUAAGCCGUCCAAGACUGAUAUGAACAGAUUGGUUAUGGACUACCUAGUCACAAAUGGCUACCCAGCUGCAGCGCAGAAAUUUGCGCUCGAAGCCAAUAUUGAGCCAGUGGACGUCGAAUCAAUCCGGGAGCGGGUUGAAAUUCGGACGGCCAUCUACUCCGGGAACAUCCAGGCUGCAAUUGAAAAAAUCAACGAACUCAAUCCUCAGAUUCUAGAUGAAAACCCGUCGCUGCAUUUUUCGCUACUUCGUUUGCAGCUUGUGGAGUUGAUACGCUCCUGCUCGGUUAACCCUGAUGGAGACAUCACCCCAGCUCUUGAGUUUGCUACUUCCCAGCUCGCACCCAGGGCACCAACAAACCCCCAGUUCCUUGAAGACCUUGAGAAGACGCUUGCGCUUCUCAUAUACCCCAAGGAGAACCUAACACCAUCUCUAGCUCCACUUCUCCAUUCCGAUUUACGUAGGGACAUUUAUGCUAAGGUCAACGCAGCUAUCCUGCAAGACCAAGGUGCUCGUACAGAAGCUCUUUUGUGCGACUUCGCCAGGUUGUACGCUUGGGCGGAGCAAAAGGCCCGAGAGGCUAAGAAGGAUAUCCCUGACAAGCUGGAUCUUGGGCUUGGGGAAUCCAACAAUAGUAAUUCUACCCUGGACAACACGGCGAAUGCCCCCCAGCUUGGCGCCUCUAACGAUACUGUAAUGACCAACAACGGAGACGUUGAUUCGAUGAUCUCAUGA